AUGGCGGCGGACAUGGCAUCUGGUCUCACCCUGUUCCCCCACGGGAGCGCUCCUCACCGCCAGCAGGGAUUCCGGAACAGCAUCUCGAGCUCCGAAAUCUCGCCAUUCUCACAGUGCAGCACCCUCAUCUCCGCCUCCGACAGCUCCGUCUCCACCCCGUCCGAGAUGCUCGGCCCCGUCUACGGCGACGGCCUGGCCUCUGACUGCGACGCCGACUCCCCUGCCGAGUCACCUUCGCCGCGCCGCACGCCCUACCCCGGCGCCUAUUCGCCCCACGUCGGCACGAGGUGGCGCAGACAUGCCCACCACCACGGCCUCUCCUCCGGCUCGUGCUCCGUCCAACCGGGGAGCUCGCCCGAUCGCCCAGUCCUGGAUCUGGGUACGCGCUCCCGGGGCAGCAGCGCGCAGGACCUGUUCGAGAUGGCCAUGAAUCUCGGCGCCUCCCCCGCCGAGCUGGCCGAUGCGCUCGAACUCUACCCGGGGCUGAAAGAGGCAGCCCUCGCUAGUCACGCCAAGAGGCUGGAUGCCCUGCUGCGAAAAGUCGAGUCUCGUUCUCGAAGCGGCGCUCUGCAGCAGGAGCUAGAUACCAGAUUCGGCCAUGUCGACAAAGCGAAGGGGAAGAAGGGCCAUCAACAUCAAAUCUGGGACAGGAUAACCUCGCCCACUGUUCAAGGCUACCAGAACCGCCGCGAUAGGAGAGACAGAACUAUGCCUGAAGAUGACAGCUCGCGAGAGUUUGUGGCCCAGUGGCUGGCCAAGUGCAAGGAGAUGGUAUCCCCGAGUACUCCCCGGGGCUCCUCUCGGCCCCACGGCAUCCGAGAGUCGUUCGUCGACAUGGCGCACAAGGUCCUGCGCUUCUCACCGAAACGAUAG